AUGGCGUCUCAAAUGGGCAAAGAGGGAACCUUUGAACGGCCGAAGGCUGCUCAAGCUCAGGAGAAACCGGGUCUGGAGAAACACAUGGCGCCGUCCAGUGAAGCCACCAAGCUGGAAUCAUCCGGAACCUUUGUCGAGUAUGUCGGGUCUGGCAAGCUGAAGGACAAGAAGGUCCUAAUCACAGGCGGAGACUCCGGAAUUGGCCGCUCAGUCGCCGCGCUGAUGGCAAGAGAAGGUGCUGACAUCACCAUCACCCAUCUACCGGAAGAGAAAGACGAUGCCGAGCAAACCAAAAAGCUGGUCGAACAGGAGAAACGGUCAUGUCAUCUCAUUUCGGUCGACUUGAGCAAGCGUGAGAACUGCAAGAAGGUGAUUGACGAGCAUAUUUCCAAGUUCCAAAAGUUAAACGUUCUUGUCAACAAUGCCUCCAAACAGAACAUGUGCAAGGACUUUGCGCAGAUCGACCUAGAUCAGGUUGAAUCAACCUUCCAAACAAAUAUCAUCCAGAUGUUUGCCCUGACAAAAUAUGCUCUCCCGCAUAUGUCCAGAGGCGACUCGAUAAUCAACUCAACUUCGGUGGUGGCUUUCCGGGGAACUGCCGGAAUGGUGGACUAUGCAGCGACCAAGGGUGCUAUUGUCUCGUUCACCAGAGCCUUGGCGCAGCAGUUGAAGCCUAAGGGCAUCCGAGUCAAUGCUGUGGCCCCCGGCCCAGUCUAUACUCCUAUUCAAGCGGAUACUCGGCAAGCAGAAGAUAUGGAGGACUUUGGUGCCAAGUCGUCGAUUGGUCGGCCAGGCCAACCUAGUGAAGUUGCAACCAGUUUUGUCUUUCUGGCUAGCAACGAAGCGUCGCUAUUCUUUUCUCACGAAGAUACAGACGGACAGGUGAUGCAUUGUUACCCGCUCGGAGACUAG